UAUCAGCAUCAGUGGCUCUGCAACUGUGUACUCACCACUGUUCAGGAAGGAUAUGAAUGUGUCGAGAGCACACUGAGGUUCUCAGUCUUUCAAGGAGUUCCCUUCUCCUUUUGCUCAUCAGCACUUGAGGGUAAGGUGCUAAGAGGCUGCUACCCAGGGCUCCCUAUUGCUGUGUGGUUAAUCAGAUACAGUAUGGACGGCAGUGGCAGUGGCUGGACUGGAGGUCUGCUGCCCUCUGUUAGCGAGAAGACAACAGAGGGGGACUCGGCCUUUGAAAUGGCUGUUCAGAAUGACUCGGCCAACCACAGCUCCCUGUUUGCAGACGUGGCUCUGCUGCAGAGCUUCAAGCUGCUCAUCAUCCCCUGCUACUCCCUGGUGGUGGUGGUGGGUGUGUUGGGGAACUACCUGUUGCUCUACGUCAUCUGCCGCACUCGCAAGAUGCACAAUGUCACCAACUUCUUCAUAGGGAACCUGGCCUUCUCAGACAUGCUGAUGUGUGUGACCUGUGUACCCUUAACCCUGGCCUAUGCAUUCAACCCUCGUGGCUGGGUGUUUGGGAGGUUCAUGUGCUACCUGGUGUUCCUGAUCCAGCCGGUUACCGUCUAUGUGUCUGUCUUCACCCUCACCGCCAUCGCUGUUGACAGGUACUACGCCACUGUGCAUCCUCUGAAGAAGCGUACUUCUGUGUCCACCUGUGCUUACGUCCUGUCAGGGAUAUGGCUGCUGUCCUGUGGCCUGGUGGCUCCGGCCGUGGCCCACACGUACCACGUGGAGUUCAGAGAGGAGGGCCUCACUAUCUGUGAGGAGUUCUGGCUGGGACAGGAGAAGGAGAGGCUAGCCUACGCCUACAGCACCCUGCUGGUUACCUAUGUCCUGCCACUCUCCGCUGUCUGCACCUCCUAUCUCUGCAUCUCUUUCAAGCUGAGGAACUGCGUGGCGCCGGGACAUCGGUCCAGAGACCAGGCAGAGGCACAGCGAGCCCGAAAGCGAAAGAUCUUCCGUCUGGUGGCGUUAGUGGUGGCGGCCUUCGGGGUGUGCUGGCUGCCCAUCCAUGUGUUCAACGUGCUGCGUGACAUCGAUAUCCGCCUAAUCAACAAGCGCCACUUCCUGCUCAUUCAGCUGCUGUGCCACCUGUGUGCCAUGAGCUCCUCCUGCUGUAACCCCUUCUUGUAUGCCUGGCUGCACGACCGCUUUCGUGCUGAGCUGCGCAAGAUGUUCACCUGCCACCACCGCAUCGGCAUCCCCACCAACCACUGUGCUAUGGCCAGUGUGGUCCUCUGACUGUGCAGGGACAAGGAGAUAGAAGAGACACAAGACCUGUGAUACCUGUGUAAGCAUGUUGUUGGUCCAAUUUCCUGAUAAUGUUCAUGUUUGUUGGUGACCUAAUGUAGACAUAACAAGAGAUCAUCAUGAACAAUACAGGAAAUCUUGGAAUUACAGCUGAUUAUAGAGAUAUGAGGUGGUUUCCUCAUUGUUCAUAGGUAAACAAAUCAAUUGAACAUAAAUUAGGUGAUUGACUGGAAAUAAUCAUUAAAUGAGCAGAUUGAACAACAAUAAGAAGAAGGUGAAAUUCAAGAGACAUAAAGAGCAAGAGA